GGAAGACUUAGUGGCUCCUACUGGGUUGUAUUCAGUGAGAAAUCAACCUGAUUCUUCUGCUAUUGUGGGCUGUAUGAGUCUUUCCCAUCAAGACUCUUCUAACUGAAGGUGACGGACAUGUGCCAGAGACAGUCCAGUAUGAACACCAUGUAGAGGAUGAAAAUGGUUGUAAAAACUUGUGUAGUGGCGCCUGAACACCAGAGUUUUGAAGGUAAAAGCUUGAAAUGCGUGUAUACAUACAAAUACAUAGACUUUUGAUUGUUAGUGGUUGCUUGAACGCAUGUUGCUUUAGGGGGAAAUAGAGAUAGUGUGUAUGGGUUAUGUCUUUGGUAGCUGGGCCUCCGCUAAACCCUGAGAUCCUUCACAAUGGAGGUACAUCAUUACCUAUAAAUGCCAUGAAUUGUUUAGUUGUAUUUUAGAAACCAGCUGAUGAGCUGCUUUAGCUGAAAUUGGGUUUUGUUUUUCUUGGUCUUUAAUCAUUUUCAUUUAGUUUAUUUAUUCAGUUUUACAGGAAGGAGUUUCUGUGGUUGAUUUGGUAUCAAUACUGAAUAAAACAACAUUUUUGUUGAUUUUCUAGGGAUUCUUACAUCAGGAAACUGCACUCCUGUCUCACGGCUGUCAGACUCAGCAGGAAGCAGGUUGUGAACGGAUCACUGCAGGAAAAAAAUCCCUAUUUUCCUGAGUUUGUGAGACUAUAAAGGGAUCCAACUCUAUAACUAAUUCAGCUAAUGUCUCCUCGCCUUCCAGAGAAAGAUACUGAACCAGAUGAGCUUCGGCUUGACACCCUUUUUGUCCACACUACCCAUCAUCCUCUCUUUUUGCACGUGUCGGCGGCGAGCAGAUUCCCUCUGAGGUCAAAGGCGAGUGUCAAAUCGACCCAACACUUGGCUGCCUUCACCCGGGUAAUUGGUAGCCUCGCCGCCUUCUCGCUGCAGCCUCACAGAAGAUCUGACAUGUUCGGGAAGGGGCCGACUCUCAUCCGAUCGCCGUGCAGAGAAGCAAACACAAAAGGUGGAUUUUUUUCCUCUUCAGGACAAGAGGUGAACAUACCAGUCCUGUUCCAGGCAUCCUCUUCUCGCUGUGGCCCUGCUGCAUUCCUGGAUUUGCAUGAUGAAAUCCGUCAGGUCACCGAGGCGAGCAAACAGAGGGGCAUGUUUCCAUUGCAUCAGGGCAGUGGUCGGCCGAGCCAACGAGUUCCAGGAAGAGGCACAAUGCUUUUCCUCUCAUCACAGAGCGGAGAGCCGGGCAGGUGCUCCGCAUUCACAUCUGCUUCUACACUUUUAGCUCCCAACUUAAGACGUUUUAAACUCUUUGAAUCCACAUGGAAAACUUGGUGAAACUAUAAAGGCUUUGGUUUCAUUUGCUUUGAAAUAAAAAACACUAGUAAACACUGAAUUACGCAAUUAAGUGAAAGGAGAUGAAGGAGGUCUGUGGAAGUGACGUAUGUGACAUUAACCCAAGAGCUUCAGUCACGAGGAAGUUUGUGAAGGGCUUUCUUUAAAAGAUUAAACGGUUGGGAAACUUUAAUGAUUCCCCCGCCUAAAGGGAAGAUAAAGUUUACACUUGUGGCCAAGGGAGAAAAUGACCUCACACGGUGUACCUUUGUAAAUUUCACAACACCCAACCUCAGCUAACCACUCGCGUUUGGGACUGAUUUAAGGAAAUACUCCCUCUGAGCAGAAGAUUAGACGUUUGAUAAGUGUCUGAUCAGAAAACCUGAAGGGCUUAAUUUCAACUCGUGAAAGACAGAACUUCCUCUCCUUCACAAACAUCUCUCCAGGUAUUCAUUACCUGACUCGCUCCUGUAACCCUCUUUUCAGGGGUUCAGUGUCCUCCCUCGAGAAGAGCCCUGGCUCUGAUGUGUUAGGCAAUAGUUAGCUUGGCAGCUUCCCAGCAGCUGAGACACUCCAUCUACACUGUUGAUACCUAAUCUGACUCUUAUACACACACACACGCAAACACCGAGAGGCAGGUAUGCACAGGAACACACACACACGCAACGACGCUUACGCAAGCCCCGGCCAGCCUUGCCUUGGGUAGUCAUAACACGCAGAGGGUGGAGACGUGCCAAGCUCUUAUAGGUCAAACAAAUGGUUCAAAAGGAAAAGUGGAAAGAGCGGACGUAUUAGAGGGGAAACCGCUCUGUCGUUUGGGGCUUAAAUUCGUAACCUCAGGCUUUCCUGGUCAUUGUUGAAGCUAAAGACGGGAGGAGGGUGAGAGAACUCGCUUUAGCUCCUUCCAGGAAAAGCCAUCGAAUGAUCUCUCCGUGUUCAGAGAGUUAAAUACUACAGAACGUAAAGGUCAGAGGAAAAAGGUCAUUUCUUUCUUUUGUCUUGGAAAAAUGAAACUGAAAGUGCUCAGACGGAUGCCUGUAAUUGGGCGUGGGGUUGUUUCAGGAAAUCUUGAGCAACAGAGGUGGCAAAUGAAGCAGUCCGAAUAUCAAAACCUGGGAUCUUUAUUCAGCAUCUCCACAUGGAUUUCAAGUAUACAUAUUUACAUGUUUUGUACAAUAAACGCGGUUAUUAAGUGUAACCUGUGCGGCCUCGGUGGAGCCUCGAGGCUGUGUCACAAAAUCACAAUUCACAGUGCAAUGUGAAGAUCGUGCACCCGUGUCAGUUUGGUUUACAGAUCACAUGUGUGGCAUGAAUCCUCCCAUAACUUUCUGCAAUAAACAUGGCCACAAGUCUCUAAGAAAUUAAAUAAAAGACGAACCAAGCUGGAUUCAACGCACACAAAUCCUUAGACAUACUAGAUUAUCACUGUCGAGAUAAUUUAUUAGAUAAAAACUUACAGUUGCUCUGUAACUUAUUGUCCUUUUGUCACAAACAGACUUGUUUUAAAGAUCUGAACGUCCUGUCCCCAACUAUUUCUAGUCUCAAUGGACCCAAAUAUUUUAAGACAAAAGCAAAGAGAAAGGGAAAAACAGGCAUCAUUUAAAAAGUAAAAGAGUUUGACAGAUUUCCUCGACCAGGACUGAUAACAAUCUCUACAGACACGCUUAGGCGCUGAGUCAUAAACAGACAGCUAACAUCAAAAAAAGGAAAAAAUAAA